GACACUUAUGACCUUCAGUGCACAUCGGAGGCCCGUCACAACAUAGAUGCAACCACGCAAGCCCUCAUCAUGGAUCUGAUGGGACGCUAUACCGCACCACUGUUUUCACCGGCAAUCAGCUGGCUGUGCUCGACUCUUCAAUGACACAGCGAGAAGCUCCAUGCUGGCAAGACACAGAGGGAUCUGAAGGAGUCAGAGCAGUUCUCCCAGCGUGCUCCUGGAGAGGAGAUUUUGGCAGUCCAGAAUGAUGCAACAGAUCUUGAGAGACAUGUUUGUAGAUCCAGAGCUUCUGGCUGAACUAAAUGAGGAGCAGAGGCAGAUUCUUUUCUACAAAAUACGUCAGGAACAGGUACGACGAUGGACGGAGCGUGAGAGCGGGGAGGAAAGUUGGGAAAGACCCCUGACAAAGGAGAGAAAUGAAAACAGAAAGAGUAUUCAGUGGCUGCAGGGCAGAGACGGUGAGGUGUGGGUCUGGGUAAUGGGGGAUGCCCCUGGAGACAAACCAUAUGAGAUGAUUGUCAAAGAGCUGAUGGAGGAGAGAGCCAGGCGACAGGCUCAGUUAGAAGCCCAGGAGCUGUGGCGGAAGAAAGAAGAAGAAAUAAAGCAAAAGUUCAGAGAUGCCAUCACAAAGGAAAAAGCACGCUUAGUUGCAGGAAAGUGGAAGGAAGAAGCUGAGGACAGGAAGGCAGCCAAACAGGAGGAGGAACGUAUACGGGAGAAACUAAAGAAACAAGAGGAAGAGGAGAGGCAGAGGGAAGAGGAGGAGAUACGACGUGCAGAGGAAAAAAGAGCAAAGGAGCUAUAUAUGUCCCUUGAGCAAGAACAAAAAAAGAGUGAACAACGUGACAAAGAGUGGGAGGAACAAUUACGUCGCUCCAAAGCAGCUGAUGAGGAGAUGACAAGAAAGGCUCGCUGGGCAAGAGAUGAAUAUAAGCGCCAGUCUCUACGGGCCAUAGAGAAAGGCCACGUUGCUGGGCUGAGUGGCCACUUCCAGAAACAAUCCCACAGGAGACACAGUACUUUCAUUGAACCAUCUGUUAGUCCUGUUUCCAGCAAUGAAGUCCGUCCUAGGCCCAGCCUUCAACGUGCAGAACCUCCUCUGUACCGGCGCAGACAAAGUCGCAGACAUAGUACGACAGCAACACAACCACUAAUGGACAGCCCUGCGUGGGUGCGAACACCACGGCCCAGUUCCAGGGAGAUGGUUAUUCUCUGGUUCACUGAAGAGCAGAAACCAAAACAAGCGGGAUAUGAACGGAAUGGCAAUGCAAUUGCACAGUGGUUCCACGGUAUCAUCUCUCGAGAGGAUUCAGAGACACUGCUUAUGAAUGCUGCUGAAGGAUCUUUCUUGGUACGGGUCAGUGAGAGGAUAUGGGGCUACACACUGUCCUAUCGCACAGCCAGCGGUUUCAAGCAUUUCCUUAUCGAUGCUUCUGGAGACUAUUACAGCUUUCUGGGUGUGGACCAAAACCGUCAUGCCACCCUUGCUGACCUCAUCGACUUCCACAAGGAGGAAGUCAUUACAACUACAGGGAAAGAGCUGCUGCUGGAGGCCUGCGAGCGGACCGGGCCCUCUGUGGACUUCGGAGGGCUUUUCCCAUGACUCCUUACACGUUAAAGACUUCAAAGGCAAAUCUCUGCAGGGUAGCUAAUGUAGCAGGGUGUUCACUGCAUUUCAAAGAGCAUGGUCAAAAAUAAACAAGACUUCUGGUCCUCAUGUUCUGCCUUUGAGUUAUAGUGCCUUAUGAUCAGGCCUUAAUGGAAAGACUUUUUUCUGUGCUAAUUUUUAAGGAAAAUGUGUAAAAAUGUCACACUUUUUUGCAUUUUCUGUGCUGAUUUAAUGAAAAUAUAAAGAUAUAAAAUGUGUUAAAUAACGAAGAUUAUACAAAUCAAAUAGAGUUGUGUAAAGCAUUUUGAGCCUUUUUUGCAUUUUCUGUGCUAAUUUUAAGGAAAAUAUGUAGAAUUCUGGUUUUAAACUUGGUAAAAUGUUUUAAAUUAAGCAGAUUAUACUAAUUAUGUAAAAAUGUGUAGACCUUGAUGACACUUUUUUUGCAUUUUCUGUGCUGAUUUAAUGAGAAUUUAAAGAAUUGUAGUUUUGAACAUAGUAAAAUUUGUUAAAUGAAGAAGGUUAUACAAAUUCUACAGAGAUGUAUAAAGCUUUUUGAGUCUUUUGCAUUUUUGUGCUGAUUUUAAGGAAAAAUGUAGAAUUCUGGUUUUAAAUUUGAUAA